AAGUGACGCAGCGCGCGCUCGGUCCCUGGGCUGACUGGACUCGGCCGCCCGUCCCCGCGCGGAUUGUCGGUGCAUUGGCGGAGUCGCCGCGGAUUAGCGCCUGUUUCGGGUCACCCUUACCCCCCUCUGCUUUCUCCGCACGAUCAGUUUGCCUUACAGUCCCCCGGGGGGGUCGGGGGAGAAGCGGAAUGAGGAGUCGGUGUGCCCGAGACACGCUCCUUGGCAUCGCCUGAAUGCUGUGAGACUCCCCGGCCUCCCGUCAGCAGCCGCCCCGCGCCUCCAGCUCUGCCGGUCUAAAGAAUCCGAGACACGAUGGGCGCGUUUUUAGACAAGCCAAAGAUGGAGAAACACAACGCCCAAGGGCACGGCAACGGCCUCCGCUACGGGCUGAGCAGCAUGCAAGGCUGGAGGGUGGAGAUGGAGGACGCCCACACGGCGGUCAUCGGCCUGCCAAACGGACUCGACGGCUGGUCGUUCUUCGCCGUUUACGACGGCCACGCCGGCUCCCAGGUUGCCAAAUACUGCUGCGAGCAUUUGCUGGACCACAUCACCAGCAACCAGGACUUCAAGGGCACCGACGGGCAGCUGUCCGUGGAGAGCGUGAAAAGCGGCAUCCGGACGGGCUUUCUGCAGAUCGACGAGCACAUGAGGGUCAUCUCCGAGAAGAAGCACGGAGCCGACCGCAGCGGCUCCACCGCCGUGGGCGUCAUGCUCUCCCCGCAGCACAUCUACUUCAUCAACUGCGGAGACUCGAGGGGCUUACUAUGCAGGAGCAAGAAAGUCCACUUCUUCACGCAGGAUCACAAGCCCAGCAACCCGCUCGAGAAGGAGCGCAUCCAAAACGCCGGCGGCUCCGUGAUGAUCCAGCGCGUGAACGGGUCGCUGGCCGUCUCCCGGGCCCUCGGUGACUUUGAUUACAAAUGCGUCCACGGGAAAGGCCCCACGGAGCAGCUCGUGUCGCCCGAGCCCGAGGUCUACGAGAUCGAGCGGCAGGAGGACGACGACCAGUUCAUAAUCCUGGCCUGCGACGGCAUCUGGGACGUCAUGGGGAACGAGGAGCUCUGCGAUUUCGUCAGGUCGAGGCUUGAGGUCACCGACGAUCUCGAAAAAGUGUGCAAUGAGAUCGUGGACACCUGCCUCUACAAGGGAAGCCGGGAUAACAUGAGCGUCAUCCUGAUCUGCUUUCCGAGCGCCCCGAAAGUAUCUCCGGAGGCCGUGAAGAGAGAGGCAGAGCUGGACAAGUACCUGGAAGGCCGAGUAGAAGAGAUCAUAAAGAAGCAGGGCGAAGAAGGCGUCCCAGACUUAGUCCACGUGAUGCGUACGUUAGCCACUGAGACCAUCCCCAAUCUCCCGCCUGGGGGGGAACUGGCCAGCAAACGGAGUGUGAUUGAGGCCGUUUACAACAGACUGAAUCCGUAUAGAAAUGAUGACACUGAUUCGGCUUCCACCGAUGAUAUGUGGUAAAUCUGUCCGUGUGAGAAUUUGGGGGUUUUAUUCCUUCCUCGGAAAAAAACAAACAAACAAAAAAAAAAAAAAACGAAAAUCCAGCCCGACCUCGGUGAUCCUCCAUGUCCAUCCCGAGCUUUCCCGUUAGCGAAGUGGGCGAGAUCGGCGACACCAGCGCAUCCCAGCAGCUCCAACAACUGGCAGAGAACCGGAUUUCUAUCCCCGACGUCUUUUUUUUUUCUUUCUCUAUCACUUCCUCACUAUAUAUAUAUAUAUAUUUUUUUUCUUUGUAAAAUUGAAACUUCUGUAAACGUUCUUUGACGAUAAUUCACAUUGUAAAUCAGACUCCAGCAAUUUCUUGUAUGAUUUAUUAUUUUUUUUUUUGUAAAGUGCGAUUUGUCCUUGUAAAAAAAAAAAAUGGUCAUAUUUAAUGAUGGACUGCGAAUCUCUCCUAAAGGUUACAGGACGUCUGGCUUGUUAUGUGAUGCAACCAAUAAUCUAACCCUAUACCUUCAUGUGGUGGUUUUAGAUUUUAAAUUCAGCAGCAACAUAACCAGCCGGGGGGCCCCCACCAAAUUGUGUAAGAUUGUAUCUUUAAGCGUCUAGUUUAUUAUUUCAUCGGGAAUAAAAAUCGCGCCGCUUAGUAAACGCGCGCCUUUAAACCUCGUUCCUGCUUCCGAUCGGAGAUUUUGACUGUACAGUUGUUAUUUUUUUUUGCCCCCCCCUUUGAAUACCACCGGGGCUCACGUCACGUCGGUUUGCCGUCUGGCACAUAUUGUACUUUAAAAAAUGGGUACACGAAACUUUCAAAUUUAUUUACUAAUCACUUGUGUGGAGAAAUUUACUUUUUUUUUUUCCAUUUUAAAUAAAAAAACGACACUGGCUGGGUCUGUUGCUGCUACAGAGUUUUGAAUACCAUUUUAUCAAUAAAGCUUGAUUUGAGAAACAAAUAUAAA